CGGGAGGUAUCGGCGACUCGAACAACAGGACGGAAUCGGGAGACAAGAUUUCGCCACUAGUCCUAGAAAUCCCUCCGUGUUCGGUCCUAGUGGAUAUUUAAAGCUAUAGACUCGUUUGUAUCAUUUACAAACAAGUGGUGUGCGGUAAGGAGACUACGGUUGCCGUCGCCCUCUCGCGUUUCCGUCCGUCCGAGACUUCCAGAGGCUUGGUGCAAUGCCACGCAACAAGAGUCUGCUCAAAGGCGGUCAUACGUCUCGCAAGAUCGUUAUUCGACCAUACAGUAAGCCUCCAACGCUUCCAGAGAACUACUACGAUGAUACGGUCCGAUCGUUGUUGCAGUCGAUUUCGGAGGCUUCGUCGCACCGGACCUUUACUGGCACCGCGCCUUCCCCGAACUCUACCGGUGUGAGUCUUCAGAAUGCCUACAAAGCAGUAGUGUACUUGGUCAGUCACCAGUACGGCCCGCGAUUGUAUCGAGAUCUUAUGGAUCAUAUGAAGCAGGUGGCUGCUCGAAUCCUUCCAGAAGAAAGAGAGGCUUCCGCGUCGCGAGCAUCCCUCUUGAUGUACAUCCCGAAGCAGUACCAGCUUUACCUCGAGUACCUCUUGCUGUGCAAGCACGUCUUUCUGCCACUGGACCGGACGCAUGCCUGGCAACCCGAAACCAAAACAGUCGUUGUUGCAUCGACACAGACUCCCGGCGGUCUCUUGACUUUAUGGCAAGUAGGCCUCGAAAUGUUGCAAACCAGAAUGCAGGAGUUGACUCUCGAUCGGGAGCUUUACCAAGAAUGGCUCGCUGCCCUUUUGCAAGAUUGGAAUCCAGCAUCCAACAAUAAUCUCGAUGCGGCCAAUCGACAAGAUCUACAAUCAGUCUGGUAUCUGUGGCAGGACUUGGGGCAACUUGCUGUCCUCCCCCUACAGGAGGAUUUGGAAGAAUAUUGGAAAAAUCAGAGCCAGCAAAUGAUGGAGGGCUACCGUGCCGGAUCCUUUCUCCAGUUUGCGUACGAUAAGCAUGUACACGUGACCAUUUGGCAACCGUGGCUUCCCUCGCAGUGGCUCAGGUCGGUUCUAGAAAACUGCUUCUUUCAACCGCAUCUCAAUGACCAAUACUUGCUGAAACCAGAGAACUUGCAUCCGAUUCUGCAGUCCGAAUUGUUUGCAAUCAAAACCGUUGUGGGGGUAUCGUCUACAGCGAUGGAAAAGCUGUCCUCGACACAACAGCUCUGGACUCUUGCGGGGCGUAUUGCCGGGGGACAGCGUCUGGUGGCGACGAGUAUUGCCAAUUUUGCCAAAACCCAGGGCCUCGCCUGCGUUCAGCCAGCGGUGGAACUCUCUGACGGUGCAGGUAAGGCAGCGGCGGGACAACAUAUUUUGGACAAAUCACCAAUUCCAGCUACGAACAAUGUACAAAUUGUAUCCGACUUGCUGGAUACACAGCAGCGAAUAUCACGUUUGAUUCAGAGUCUGCCUCACGGUCCGGAGUUGAUUAUUCUGAAAAAUGUUUGGGAGGAAGUUCUCAACGUGGAAACAACCCCAGCACUAGCCGAGCUCUUGGCGAAAUUCCUGGAUCAAAUCUUGCGAUCAAAUAAGAAAAUGGAUCAGUAUCAGUCUGAAUCAGAGCAAUGGUUGCAGCGCAUCAUUUCCGGACUGUUCAUCCCGUUGCAGGCUAAAGACAUUUUUGAGGCGUUCUAUAAGCGAGAUCUCGCGAAACGGUUACUUUGGAAUCGCGUCGUCAAUAUGGAUGUAGAAAAACAGGUUUGUUCGUUACUAAAGGCCGAGUGCGGCGCCGGAUUUACGUCCAAGAUGGAAGGAAUGUUCCAGGACGUUGACUGGAGUCGGGAGACAAUGAUGGUAUAUAAGCAGUCCACGGCCGACAUUUUACCAACUGAGAAUUCAGUGGAGAUGGAAGCACAAGUUCUGACAACUGGUUUCCUGCCUCGUAUUCCAGGUUACUGGCCAGUGUACCCUCAGUAUCCUAACUUACAUUUACCUGAAUCACUCAAAGAACCUCAGGAGCGGUUUGGAAAUCAUUACAAGAUCAAGUACCAAGGCCGUCGUAUGACCUGGCAGUACGCGUUGGGUCAUUGCGUUGUGCGCAGCUCGGGUUUCCCCAAAACGUACGAAUUUGUCGUUAGUUUGUGUCAAGCGCUGGUUCUAAUUCAGUUUGAAGAGGCCGACACCAAAUUGUCAUUGCCAACACUAAUGCAGGCUAUUGGAUUAGAAGACCGUGACGAAAUGGAACGAGUCUUGCAGUCGCUGGCUUUGGGGAAGGAUGGUACGCGCAUUUUGAGGAAACUAGAUUAUGAUUCGGAGCCAAACAAGAAAAAAAAGAUCCGGAUGAAUGUGGACAACCGGGACGAAUUCACAAUCAAUCGCAAGUUUGAAUCCAAUCAGCGACGUAUCCGUAUCAACAAUAUCAUGAUGAAAGAGUCCAAAGAAGAACGAGAAAAGACAGUGGAAGCGGUUUCGCGGGAUCGUCUCUACUUGAUCGACGCUGUUCUCGUACGAAUCAUGAAAGCUCGCAAGACCAUUUUACAUCAAACCUUGAUUCCUCAAGUGGUGGAGCAAGUCAAGGUACCCGCCCAACCCGGUGACAUCAAGCAACGCAUUGAGUCUUUGAUUGAGCGAGAAUACAUGGAGCGUGAUGCCAAAGAUCGAAACCGCUACAACUAUUUAGCUUAACGCAAGUCUUGCUAUUGCUUAAAGAUGCGGCAUCCUCUGGCAUGCAAGGAAUCCGCAAGGUCUCAAGUUUAUGGCACCAAUGCUGGAAUAUCAUACGAGUUGAAAGUGAACCAACAACCAUUCUUCAGCUGAUGGUUAUUGAUCAAAACACGAUUUUGAUGCAGUGUAUAAUAUAUAGUGAGCUUGUCUCUUGGCUG